UGUCAAUUUGUCUCGGUAAUUUUUCAAUUUAUAUUUUGAGAAUUCAGGGUCAGGUUAUAAAUUAGAUUAGAUUAAAAACGUGGUGUAUUUCAGUUCAGACUGUACGAUUGUGUACCAACUGUAGCUUUACAUCUGAUUUAAUUGCAAUAUACUACUGCAAUCGACAAACAUGGAUUGGGAUUUGAAAUACGGCGAAUUAUCAACGAAUCAAAACUUCGUUAACAAUUGCGAAGCUCUCAAGGAGAAUUUAAUGGAAGUACAACAGGUAUUGGAUCAAUUGUUACCGCUGAAGCAACAAUACGAUAAAUUAAUAUUGCCGGCACAAAUUGAACUCGAUUUGUUCUUAGCAUUCACUUUGAAUUCUUUGCACUGGAUCCAUUUGAGGAUACAAGGUGUCGACCCUACAAGUCAUCCUAUUAAAGAUGAAUUGCAGCGAAUAAAAGCUGCCAUGUUAAAAUGGCAGGAAGUUAAAGACCGGGAGAAAAGACCAUCUGUUGACAUAGAAGCAGCCAAGCGGUUCAUCAAGAGCGGGCUCUAUGAUCCAUACAAAGGCACAGCUAAGGGACCCACAAAUAAGAAAACUAAGUUUGAAGAUAAUGACGAGUAAAUUAUGUUCUCUCUAAAUUCAAAAUUUUCAAGACUGAAUAAGAUUUGUAUGAUACGCAACUAUAAAAACAUCUUAAGACUUGAAGAAAUUUCACCAGAUUAUGCAAAUUUUUGAAAGUAGUCAUAAGCCUUACAUAUCCAUAAAGUACUUCUACAUCUCAAGAAAUAAUCAUGUUAUUCAAAUCUUUGUAUCACUAGUGAUUGUACCCACUCCAUUAUUUUAAUUAGUAAUAAUGUUUGUAGGUAAUUUUAAAAAUUAACAUUUUGUGAUUGUACUAAUGUGUCUAGAAAGUAAUGUUACUAUUUGUAUAAGUUUCAGUAACAUGUGUGUAAACACUGACCAAAUCUUUGUUAUUUUAUUUAUUAGUUAGCGAGGUGCCUUCUAAUGUGUGCCAACACAAAAGUUUUCUUAUGUAACCAAUAAUGCCUAUGUUAUUUUAAGCCAAAAUCACUAUAAAAGUAGAAAUAUAAAUGUUAUCUUAGUCUUUAGUCUCCAGGUAUAAAAAGACCUGUUCUGAUAAUGUUAACCGAAAAAAAAAUUUUAAUGUGUGUACUAGGAUUAAGUAUUUUGUAUGUUAUAUCAUUUGAUAUGCAUGUAUUACUAAUGUAUUUAACUACUUGACUUUAAAUAUAGUCUUAGAUCUGAAUGAUAUUGCUGUCAUUUGUUAAGUCAUCCAGGUACCUUUCUUACCUUAGUCACAAGUUCAACACAUUUUUUUUACUAAUUGCAUGCUCUCGUAUCAGGCAUCCUAUCACAAUCCCAUUGCAAUAUUAGUCACCUAAGGAACUACAAAGGUGGGAUAGUUUGAUCAUAAUUUAUUUUCCAUAUCUUUUGAACUUAUUAUCUUAUACAAUAAAUUAUUUGUAACCUAUUACAAUAUGUAUAUAAUGUGUACAUAAGUUUUGAUUAAUUAAAUAAAAUACCAUUUAUCAAAAAAGGCUUUUAUUGAAACAACAACUAACAUCCAGAUCUUCUACUUAACCAAUUAAAAUUUAGGAAUGUCAUAAAUAUUAUACAGUAAUUGUAUUCUCAAUCUUAUCUGAAAGGAUAUCAA